AUGUGCAUUUUAUUGUCGCGUUAUUGUCAAAACAAACGGUUUUAUUUACAUUUACAUUCGAAGUCCUCACCACCACCAAGUCCACGCAGCAAAGCAACACAAUUAAAUCAAAACAAGCAAAAUCAAUUAACAAACGAAGUUAAUCAUAAAAGUUACCUCGCAGCAACAUCUAUCCGGAAGCCGGAACGGUUACAGUUAGAAACAUUAAUGAAUAAAGGUGUUACACAGCGUCAUAUUUUUUUUGAACAAAAAAAUCAACGUACAGUGAAGGAAAAAUGUGGUUAUAAUUAUGAUUCAUGUGGGACAAGUAUUAGGACAUUAAAAAAAAUCAAGGCUGAUUUCAAAUCACAAGCAUACAAAGCACAAAAUGAAGAUGAUUCAAUCCGUCAUAUUCAACAAAAAUGGUUAGAAAAGUUAUCCGAAACCAAAUAUGUCGGUAGUGCUAUUCAGUAA